AAUUCGAGUAGGGUCUGUCUGCGGCUUGCAAGAGAGAGGCGUGUCGAAUAGUGGGCGUGUCGUUUAGUGACAUCACUACUCGACACGCCCACUAAAUAGAGGGAAAUCACGUUAAACCACGCGAGAUGUAAAAUGCGCCAAAGCUACAAAAAAAAAAUAAACAGGAAGUUAACUAACCUUGAACGUUGGUUCCGGCACCCGCCAAAAAACAAGAAAAAAAUAAGAAGAAUGAAGGACCGUAUGCAGACUCUCCACCCUACUAUUGUCAUUGGGGGUAAACCUCCAGUGAUUUGUGAAAAUGAAAAAUACCAAUGUGCAGUUUGUCAAAAACAUGGUGAAUAUGCAAAUAUUUUUGCACAUGUGCAAACUCAUGAAAGGGCAGCUGUCCAUCAUGGAGGUUAUAAAAUAUUCAGGUGCCUGCGUGGCUGUGUUAAAACGCCACACCACCACUGCUUGUAUUGUGGCCGCACAGUCACCACACAGGACUUCUUCAUAAGGCAUCUUAACACCUGCAGCAAUGUGGUAACCUUAGCCUCCUCCGUCCCUGCAGUCAUAGUCUCAGCUGCCUCCUCUGCCACUCAUGCCACCAGUGACCAUGGAGCCUCCUCAGCCAGUCAUGCCGCCAGUGCCUCACCUUUCUUCGAUGCUACCCAUGCCACUCAUGCCACCUCAGCUGCCUCCUUUGCCACUCAUGCCGCCUGGGCCUCAGCUGCCUCCUUUGCCACUCACACCACCAGUGCCUCAGCUGCCUCCUCUGCCACUCACACCACCAGUGCCUAUCUUAUUCAAGCGUGCAGAGCUGGAGAAGGAGCUGCUGAAGUGUUGAAGGACACUCUGGAAGGUCUGGAGAAGCUCCACGUCUUCCUGGAUGCCGUGGAGAAGCUGGCCGCCACCUCACUGCAUGUGUUCGCUGAGAAGCAGGUGUUACACCUGCCUGAAAAGAUCCCACUCAGUCAUGUUCAGGCUGCACCACUAAUCUGUCCUCUCCUCCUGGAGGUUCAAAGAGAUGCACAAGUUUCCUUCCUUCCCAAACUUCCCAAUGUGGAGGUGUUGGCUUCCCAGCUGGACAGAUACAUGCACAUCACCAAGACCAUUUGUGAGGAGAUGAAGAAAAGCUGA